AUGAUCCAAAAGUGUACGUUAGUUAACAGGCUACUUAGCGGUAACCUUAAAACUACCAUUCCUAAAGGAUAUGGACUUUCGGGGUUUCCUUUGAGUAAAAGAAACUUCCACUAUAGUAGUCCUAUGAGAUCUUAUGAAGAAGAGCGGGCUAUUUUAGAUGAAGUUCGCUCCAAGUUAACUCCAGAUGAUAUUAAACAUUCUAAGAUGUUGCGUAAUAUUGGAGUUUCGGCUCAUAUUGAUUCCGGUAAAACAACCUUUACUGAACGUGUCUUGUAUUAUACUGGAAGAAUUAAAGCGAUUCAUGAGGUUAGAGGCCGUGAUAAUGUUGGUGCCAAGAUGGAUUCGAUGGAUUUAGAAAGAGAAAAAGGUAUUACAAUCCAAUCUGCCGCUACUUACUGUUCAUGGGAUAAAGACAACCAACAUUACCAUUAUAACUUGAUUGAUACUCCAGGGCAUAUUGAUUUCACUAUAGAAGUUGAACGUGCUUUAAGAGUUCUAGAUGGUGCAGUUUUGGUUGUUUGUGCAGUUGCUGGUGUCCAAUCUCAAACAGUUACUGUUGAUCGUCAAAUGCGUAGAUAUAAUGUUCCUAGAGUUACAUUUAUCAACAAGAUGGACAGAAUGGGCGCUGACCCAUUUAGAGUGAUUAAACAACUGAACUCAAAGUUAAAAAUGUCUGCUGCCGCUAUUCAAAUCCCAAUCGGUGCUGAAUCUGAGUUAAAGGGUGUUGUGGAUAUUAUUAAUCGGGUCGCUCUAUAUAAUGAGGGUGAUAACGGUGAAAUUGUAAGGAAAGCGCCUGUACCAGAGGACUUGAAAGAGCUGAUGGAAGAGAAACGUGCAGUUUUAAUUGAGGCGCUUGCUGAUGUGGAUGAUUCGAUGGCUGAAUUGUUUUUAGAUGAAAAAGAGCCUACUGUUGACGAGAUAAUCGCCUCCAUUCGUAGGGCUACCAUUGCUAGAAAGUUUACACCGGUCUUAAUGGGUUCAGCCUUGGCUAAUACUGGUAUUCAGCCAGUUUUAGAUGCAAUCGUUGAUUACUUACCCAAUCCAUCAGAAGUUCUAAACACUGGUUUAGAUCUUGCUGCAGAGGAAAAGAAGGUAACUUUGGUUCCAUCGGUCCGUCAGCCAUUUGUUGGUUUGGCGUUUAAGUUAGAGGAAGGAAAGUAUGGACAACUAACUUAUAUUCGUGUUUAUCAAGGUAAGCUCAAAAAGGGUGCUUUCAUCACUAACGUGAAGACCGGCAAAAGGGUCAAAGUUUCUCGUCUAGUGAGAAUGCAUUCAAACGAAAUGGAAGAUUUUGAAGAAGUUGGUUCUGGAGAAAUCUGUGCAACUUUUGGUAUUGAUUGUUCUUCUGGUGAUACGUUUACUGAUGGUGUUUUGAAGUACUCCAUGUCGUCAAUGUAUGUUCCUGAUGCAGUUAUCUCUCUGUCUAUCAUGCCGAAAUCUAAAGACUCUGGAACGAACUUCUCCAAGGCGUUAAAUAGAUUUCAAAAAGAGGAUCCAACCUUCAGAGUUAAUUUUGACUCGGAGUCCAAGCAGACAAUUAUUUCUGGUAUGGGUGAGUUACAUUUGGAUAUUUACGUUGAAAGAAUGAAGCGUGAAUACAAUGUUGAAUGUGUAACUGGUCAACCUCAAGUUUCCUACAGAGAGUCUGUACAACUCUCAUCAGACUUUGAUUACACACAUAAAAAGCAAUCUGGUGGUGCUGGUCAAUUUGCUAGAGUUAUGGGUACUCUGUCACAGUGUGAAGGUAAUGCUAACAAGUUCGAAACCGCUGUUGUCGGUGGCCGUAUUUCAGAAAAAUACUUGGCCGCAUGUAGCAAGGGUUUCGAGGAUGCCUGCGAAAAGGGUCCAUUGAUUGGUCACAAGGUUAUCGGUGUUAACAUGUUGAUCAAUGAUGGUGCAAUCCACGCCGUUGAUUCUAACGAAUUGGCCUUUAAAACUGCAACCAUGACCGCUUUCCGUCAAGCGUUCAUGAAUGCCCAGCCAGUGAUUUUAGAGCCAAUUAUGUCUCUCACUGUAACCGCACCAAACGAGUUCCAGGGUAACGUGAUUGGGUUAUUGAACAAGUUACAAGCCGUGAUUCAAGAUACGGAAAACGGCCACGAUGAGUUCACAAUUAUUUCCGAGUGUUCGUUGAACACUCUAUUCGGCUUUGCUACUUCAUUGAGAGCCUCAACCCAAGGUAAGGGUGAAUUUUCCUUGGAGUUUAAACAUUAUUCUCCUGCUGCCCCUCAUUUGCAGAAUAAGCUAAUUGAGGAAUACAAUAAAAAGCAGAAGAAAUGA